CCAAAAACCCUGACCAGCCCCUCCACAUUGUCUAUGUGCCAUCCCAUCUCUACCAUAUGCUGUUUGAGCUUUUCAAGAACGCCAUGAGAGCUACAGUAGAGACCCAUGAGACGAGCCCCACGUUGCCCCCGAUCAAAGUGAGAGUUUCACUGGGGAGUGAGGACCUCACUAUCAAGAUGUCUGACAGAGGAGGUGGAGUCCCUCUGAGGAAGAUUGAGCGUCUCUUCAGCUACAUGUACUCCACAGCUCCCAGUCCAGUCCAUGCAGACAACUCUCGCAAUGCGCCACUGGCUGGUUUUGGCUAUGGCCUGCCCAUCUCCCGUCUGUAUGCCAAGUACUUCCAGGGAGACCUGCAGCUCUACUCUAUGGAGGGCUAUGGCACCUCAGCUGUCAUAUACCUGAAGGCCUUGUCCUCAGAGUCAAUAGAGAGACUUCCUGUUUUCAACAAGUCAGCCUUACGGCAUUACCAGGCGACCACUGAGGCUGAUGACUGGUGCAUGCCCAGCAAGGAUCCAAAGAAACUGGGCAAGUAUGAGAGGACUCGGUGAUUGAGGACUGAGGGAGGAGGUGGAGGACAAAAUAGUUUCACUAAUAGAAUUAAGAAAAAGAGGGCCCGUGUUGGGAGAAAUUUAUAAGCUUGUACUGUAAGUGUGGGAGAUGGCACCGAAUGCUCUCAGCGUGUUGUUGGACCUGGACUUGUGUAAUGUGGAUUCCUUUCUCACACAAGAGAGAAACCUAGAUGGGGAAAAAAGGCUCAUUGGUUGUGUCAAGAAUCAGAAAAAUGCAGCUGAACUUUUACUGCCAGCCUCCAGGCAAUUUAACACAGAAAAUGCUCCCCACAUUUAAUUUCAUUAUACAGUAUGAUGAUUAUAGACUGAUAUCAGGGCUUAAAGUUCUCCAGAUCUGUGCCGGAAUUCUGCCGUGGGGUGUUUUCUUAUUCGACAAAUUCGACAUAUAAACAUGUCUUGUAAUUUAAAUAACUGUCCCGUCAAGUGUCGAAUGUGUGUGUGUGUCGGUGUAUACUAUCUUCUAAUCUCUGUCGGCGGAGACAGAGCAGGUAGAUGCUUGGGUUCCUUUGAUGCGCUACAGCAAACUUUUAAAAUGUUGAACUCGUUCUGCAUGAAUGAUUAUUGACGAGUUAGUGCUUAGCAUUAACUAAUUAGAUCAUUUUUGUAGAUCAUUUUUCUUACACAAGGAUUUAAUAAAUAAAACCCCACAGAAAUGAAACUGCUGUCCAACUGGAAUUAACAUUACACUAGUGGUAAGCUUUAUAGUAUACUGUUAUCUGAUAUUUUAAUGAGACAAUUUAUCCCUAGUACCGGACGAUACACACUCCCCAGUGUGAAUGGGAAUUAUCAGUAGGGCUGGGCAAUAAAACAAUAAUGAUAAUUAUCGCAAAAAGUUUCCUCAGUAACAAUAUAACAAAUAUUUAAUAAAUGUUUUAUUUAAGUUAUUUGAAACACGAACAAAUCAGCACUUAAUCU